CACCCGCGGAGCUCUUAACUGCAAUGUCACUCUACCUCUGCGUCGAUUGUGGCGGCUCCAAGACGUCUGCCGUCGUUUGCGAUGCCACUGGCGAAAUUAAGGGGCGUGCGCUUGGUGGACCUUCCAACUUCGCAUAUCUCGGCAUCGACGCGUUCACGGAAGCGGUCAAGGUGGCCGUCAGCGACGCCCUCAAGACAUGUACGACACCCCACUCGAUCGGGCCGGUCUCGCUGCCCACGAGCCAGCCUCUUUUCGCGGCAGCGUGGCUCGGCGUAUCCGGCGUCGACAGUCAGGGCGCGAUCGACACGAUCACCCCCGUCAUCUCGCGGCUCCUAGGCAUACCGAAGGGGCGCAAUCUCAUCGUAUGCAACGAUACGCACCUCCUCGCAGCACCGCUCCAGAUGCACGACGAUGUCUCGUGCGCGAUCACCUGCAUCGGCGGCACUGGCGGCAUCGUCGUGAGCUUCACGCAGGAGGCAGACGGAAACUUGAAGGAGAUGGGCAGGGUCGGAGGCUGGGGCUGGAUUCUGGGUGACGAGGGCGGGGGAUAUCAUGUCGGUCGGGAAGCCGUGCGCCAAAUCAUCUUGCGUGCGGACGUCGCGUCGGUGGAAGGGCAACAACCAGCCGAAGCGGCCAAGGACACGCUCGUCGGCCGCGUCAUGAAGCAGUUCGGACUGAAGUCGGACGUCUAUGAGCUCCUCUCUGCCGUGCAUAUUCCGGAUCCCGUGCCAAGUCUCACCACCGCAGACCUCAAUGUUCCGCCAUACCUCUACGUCCCACGCGAGAAGCGGCUUUCACAGCUGGCCCCACUCGUGUUCCAGUCUGCGUUCGAAGACGGAGAUCCGCUGGCGCUAAAGGUUCUUGAGAUCUCGAGCGGUGCUCUCGUCGAGCAGAUCUGCAUCCUGCUGCGUCCCCGCGGAGUCAAGGCGAGCGAGGGCGUCAUCUGUUUUGGAGGAUCGCUGGUUGGCGUCGAAAAGUAUAGGAACAUGAUUCUGGACCAACUCGCACAGAAGGGUCAUGAUUUCAAGCGUGUGGAAUUUGUUGACGACGCGGCGGCAGUGGGGGCGAGAGGUCUCGCAAGGGCACACGCAGUGUGAAACUCAAGAGAAAGAAACUAGACUUAAAUGUACGCUGCGGCGUUCUCUCGAGCGCGCUCGACAUUCCGCAGCCGGGCAUAGCUCACAGACCCGCCCGCAAAAUCUGGGCUAAGUUGCUUCUAGCCCCCUGGAUUUUGGAAUAGGCACUCCGUAGCUGGAUCAGACGUCAGUCUUCUGUCAUUCAACGUUCCAACGGCGGGCGAGACAGGGACUACAUGAGCGCUGCAACAUGACGGCCUGGCGCUCCGAAGCCAAUAGGACCGGCGUAGCGUGAUACUGUCCGAGACCGCUGACAAGAAUAUGAGUAAGUGCUUACUUAUGGGUCGCUGUGCAUUUCCUUGGAUAGCCCGUUGGGUGUGAGCCAUAUUUUGGAUGCGCGGCACAAAUGCCGCGCCUGCCAUAUCAACAGUGCGAAACAGAUACCCACGUGCGCUUCGACCAGAGAUAUAUAGGCCCAGUGGCCUCGCAAGUGAGCAACGACAAAACAACCAAACUCCCAUCGAAAACAACUUCACUCUACUCACCAACGCCAAACGAGAUGCUCUCUGCUAUCGAGACCCCCAAGAACACCCACUGUGGCAGCAGCUCUUGCAGCUGCGGUAACACUUGCCAGUGCACCGCCGACAACUGCAAGUGCUGAGCACACAGCCUUUCCAGCUAGCCGCUGUCUUCCAACGUUUGGAUCUUUUCGGCCGCUUCAUGUACCAGCUAUCAACUCAACUCUGUAUGGAUGAGUAACGUCAUGGUGAUGGAUGAAUCUUCGUUGAAUUUAUAACUUUGAAAGC